CUCACAACCUCCUCAAGUGGCCGAUACACCUGAAACGUUGCCGAGUCUGUCUGUGUACUUAUGUUCGUUGCUCAGAUUUUGACGUUGAUAUUAAACAGUUAGAUAAUAAAAAAAUAGCGUGCGAACAAUACCGGUAUUUAAGAGGUGAAGUGGGACACGAACCUGCGGAUUCGUUCAAAGUGUUUUAAAUUCACUUUUUGUACCGUACAAAGUUAAGGGUUAUUCCACUUAAAAUUUUCAAAACAAAGUAGAUGCAUAUGUCGUCCUUGUGAUCUGUACAUAUGAAUGGUGGAGUCUUUAAAAAGUAAAAUUGAUGAGGUGGAACUCUUAUUGUCCAUGUUUUCUGAAGAUGAAAUUAAGCUAGGAGACAAAAAAAGCUAUUUAAAUAUCAAACGUCAUGCAGAAUUGAAUGUUAUUCCUGAAAAGACAGAUGUCGAUUUCGUAGUCAAGAAUUUCAUAAAGAAACAGUCCAGUUUAAAAUUCGUUUAUUUUACUGAACCUACUAAUUUGAAUAAAAGUUUAUUUAUUCACUUAUUUGUUCCACACUCCUAUCUAUAUCAGCUUAAAAAGAAAGUAGAAUUAUCAGUUGUCCUACCCGAUGGUUACCCUUCAUGGAAUACACAUCAUCCUGUUAAGCCACUAAUUACUCUACGUUUUUUAUCCGAUAAUUCAAUCCUUGGCAUAAAUAUACGUGAGUUAUCCUCACGUUUUUAUCAUUGGUUUGAUAAAAUCGCAAAUACUGGUGAACCAAUCUUACUAGCAUGCAUAGACUGGCUUCAAAAUGAGUUAUUUAAUGAAUUACUAGUAACUAAUGAAAGUGUAACAUCUCUCUCAACCAAUUCAAUUUUGAGUAACAAUGAGAAAAUUGUUUGUUUAUGGAUUAUUAGCCAUCACAUUCGAAGUCCAAUAAAAAGGCGUCUGAUUUUGGAAUGGUCAAAAGAAUUAGAACUAACCGGCUGUUGUAUGCCUGGGCGACCAGGCUUAGUAAUUGUAGAGGGUGAAGAAACCAAGGCGGAUGAAUAUUGGAGAAGACUACGAAAUUUACAAUGGAAACAUAUACAACUUCGAGAAAAAGAAAUACUUGGUAUAGGUUUAUAUAGAAUUCGUCGUUUUCAAGAUGGAUUUCAUGAACUUACAUUAUCUCAACAAAGUUGGUUUUCAUGGCUUCAUAAACAUGGUGUUACAUCAGAAGAGUAUAGACAUGUUUUCGGAAUUCCUGGUCGAUUGCCUCAAAAUGAACAACAAUAGUAAUGGAUCAGGAAUUAGUGAUUAAAUCAUUUGAAAUUCAAUCAAUAGGUUGUAGGUUCGAACAAGGCCCCACCCAUUUCAAAUUCAAGAUUCCAUUAGUACACAAAUAAUGUGACUCAAAUCCAACUACAGAAACUUGUAGUUGGUCAAUGAAUUAGAAAUAAAUAGAACGUGUAACCUGGUCAGUCAGUUGAAUUUGUUACCUGAAAAUAACGGAACAAACAUUUGUAUUGUAUAGUGACUUGCAUAUAGCCUUCAAUAUUUACAAAACGUAAAAUGUAAAUGUAAUAAUACUAUUUUUUAUAUAUAA